CCUCUCGUCGCCAUUUCAUACGGUUAGUAAGCUAUUAUCCAAUAACCCCGCACCGCAAGUUUUUUGGUUAUUGUCAACUGUCAAGAGACCGUUGAAAUCCGUUGUAACUUAUAACUCCUAAAAUCUUUGUUGAAUAUUAUAUAGAUCACUCGUAAAACGUUAUACUUUUGCAACUCAACUUAAGUAACCACAUAUAAAUUAUAAUGAAUGUCCCUGAUGAUGUACCAACAUUCAAAUGUGUAUUAGUUGGUGAUGGAGGAACUGGAAAAACAACUUUUGUCAAACGUCAUUUAACUGGUGAAUUUGAAAAAAAAUAUGUUGCUACUUUAGGUGUAGAAGUUCAUCCUCUGGUAUUUCAUACAACUCGUGGUGUUAUACGAUUUAAUGUUUGGGAUACUGCAGGACAAGAAAAAUUUGGAGGACUACGUGAUGGUUAUUAUAUUCAAGGACAAUGUGCUAUUAUCAUGUUUGACGUUACUAGCCGUAUUACAUAUAAGAAUGUUCCCAAUUGGCAUCGAGACUUAGUAAGAGUUUGCGAGGGUAUUCCAAUUGUACUGUGUGGCAAUAAAGUUGACAUCAAAGAUAGAAAAGUGAAAGCUAAAACAAUAGUUUUCCAUCGUAAGAAAAAUUUACAGUAUUAUGACAUAAGUGCAAAGAGUAACUACAACUUUGAAAAACCUUUCUUGUGGAUGGCUAGAAAACUUAUUGGUGAUCCCAACCUUGAAUUUGUAGCUAUGCCAGCUCUUGUACCUCCCGAAAUUAAAAUGGACCCACAAUGGCAAGAUCAAAUUGAACAAGACCUCAAGGAGGCUCAAGAAACAGCAUUGCCUGACGAGGAUGAAGACUUAUAAUAAAAGUCUGUACAAUCAACAAUUUAUUUUGUUAACUGUCUCAAUUAAUCAAUUACCUACCUUACACGAAGCAUUGAAUUAUUUAAAUAAACUCUGCCUGUAUUUUAUUUUAAAAAACUUCCAUUAUUUGUUUAUUAAACUUAAUUUUCCCAAUGAA